AUGGCCUCAAAGGAUGACUCGGGCAACGAUCCCCUCCAAUCCAACGACACUCGACCAACACUCGCCGACAAUCCUUACAAUCCCAGUUCAGCCGCAUACCUGGCUUACCCCGUCAAGCAUGUCGUAUCCAGCCUCUAUCGCCGUAUGACCGAACCUCCCGAGCACCCUGUGGACAGACUCCUUGAGGCUCCCAUCGUCCCGUCCAUGCCGUCGCGUGUAAACACGCUCCCGAAAAGGGCACAUUCUCCUUUUCAGCCCCCUCCUUUAACACCUCUCAAAUUGCAACACUCCCUGUCGCCCAGAGAAGUCGAUUCACUCCUGCUAACGAGAUCUCUUGCUGAAGAGAUUCGACUGUUACUCCCACCGAGGCUACAGCUGAUCGAUCAUUGGAAACUGGCAUAUUCAUUGGAAGAGAAUGGAUCCUCGCUGGCGACAUUAUAUGAACAAUGUGCAAGAGUGUCGACAUACACGCAGCGAUCUGGUUAUGUCCUGGUUGUGCGUGAUGGCUCUGCGGCGUCAGCGAAUGGCUCUGUGUUUGGGGCAUAUCUCUCCGAUGCACCCAAACCCUCCAUGCACUACUUUGGGACUGGAGAGUGUUUCCUGUGGCGAGCCACCAUCCUGCCGGCGCUCAAGGACUUGCCAGUGACCUUGGACAGCGGUGCAAGCCAUCACUCUGAAGAAAUCCUAGAGUUGGCUGGGCUGCCUCCCCCUCCCAGUGCCGACACCACCCAUCUUCAGCGAGCAACAACAAUUCGUGGUGAGCGCCGGACGUCUUCUGUAUCGAAACACGCCCCAAGCACUGUCUCCAUGUCGAACGUGGAAACUUCAGCGCAGACACAGCGGCCGUCAAGUCGGUCAGGGGCCUCGACGCCUGACCACAUACGAUUCAAGGCAUUUCCUUACAGUGGGAUCAACGAUUUUCUAAUUUACUGCGAAAGCAGUUAUCUUUCCAUUGGGGGCGGCGAUGGCCAUUAUGGACUAUGGCUGGAUGAUCAGCUCAACAAUGGCAUCAGUGAGACUUGUCCCACGUUUGGGAACGAGCCGUUGAGUGAUGAAGGCCGCUCGUUCGAAGUUCUCGGCGUUGAGGUCUGGUACGUGGGUGCUUGA